AUGAUGGCGCUGCAGCUGAGGAGCGGGGAUGCUGCAUACUACCAGCGCGCAGAAUACUGCAGGAACUACACCUCGCCGCCUGUCGGCUACACUGACAGCAGCCAUUAUCUUGCACGAUUGCCAGGUCCGGACGCCAUGUUGAAGCCUCCUCUCAGUCUCUUCAGUCAUCCCCAACAGCCCUUCCAUUACAUGGACUCUCUGCACCAUUUAGGACCUCCACCCAUGGCGCCUGCCCAACCCCUCGGCCCACCACCCAUUGCUGCUACCCAACCAAUCGGACUCCCAACUCUUCCUCCCACUCAGAGUCUUGGGCCUCCAUCCAUUACUCCGCCGCACACCUUAGCCCCGCCUCCAAUGCCCCCAACCCAACCAAUGGGGCCUCCUCCAAUGGUGCACACUCUGGUUCCACCACCUGUUGAUCCAACACAAGCAAUCGUUCCUCCAACUGUUGACCUCACCCAGCCUUUGGGUCCUCCACACCUCCCCCCAGCUCAAGCUCUGGUCCCUCCACCCAGCCGCUUCCCGCUGCCCCCCGCUCCAGACCCAGACCCGUCACAGAUUACCCCACGGCCCCCGGGACCGGCACCGGUAUCCAGCUACCCGUGUGCGCCUCUGCCAGGCCAGGCAGCUCCUGCCAGCGAGCAGCCCCAGGAUGAGGGCUCCUUGCUGGGGGUGGAGGAGCAGGACGACCCGCUGGGUCUGGAAGAACUGUGCAAACCACUGUACUGUAAACUCUGCAAUGUUACACUGAACUCUGCUCAGCAGGCACAAGCUCACUACCAGGGAAAGAACCACAGCAAAAAGUUGAGAAAUUUCUACGCUGGCAGCCAGCAGCCGCCUGCCAUCAGGAUCCCAGAAGCCCUGGAGGGCGCCGGUCCGAACGCCGGCUCAGGAGCCGCCGACGCUGAUGCAGGCAGACAGGCGCUGUAUAAAGGGGCGCCGCGCGUCAUCCUGGCCACUGAGAACGACUAUUGUAAACUGUGUGACGCCUCCUUCAGCUCGCUGGCGGUCGCGCAGGCCCACUACCAGGGCAAAAACCACGCCAAGAAGCUCCGCCUGGCCGAGGCCCAGCAGAACUCCAGCAACAUGGAAGGCGGCAAUGAGGGAGCGCCGAGAAAAAAUCGGAAAGAUGGCAACGAGUACCGGCUGGUGAAGAACCGCCGCAGCCCCCAGCUGGCCGCCACCAUGCCAGGGCCGUAUUACAACCCGAGGCCGAGGCAGCGCAUCCCCAGGGACCUGGCCAUGUGCGUGACUCCCAGCGGACAGUUCUACUGCUCCAUGUGCAACUGCGGCGCCGAGCAGGAGACGGACUUCCGGCAGCAUCUGGAGAGCAAGCAGCACAAAGCCAAAGUGUCGGAGCUGAGAUACCGCCAUGAGAUGGAGAACCUGGGCUACAGCUAAGAGGGACCCAAACGGAUUCAAACAUCCAAAAUGGAGGCCAGAUCUCACCGCAGAUCAUCUAAGAUUUAAUUUAAACAUCAACCGAGACAGGAGCAUUUUAAAAAAAAUUACAGCAGCUCAAACAUUAGAUCCAGUAGUAAAUAGUUACAUCUAUGUUUUCCUCAUUUAAGAUGUUUUGGCUCUUUACACUGCAAAAACACUAAAUCUUACCAAGCAAUUUGUCCAGUUUCUACUGUAAAUUUCUUAAUAAGCUUAAAAUAAGAAAAAAUUAACUUACAACUUUUCAGCAAAAUAAACAAGUUUAAGUCAAUAAUCGCUUAAUUUAGAUGAAAAAGUUCUCGCUCCUCUUGCAAAUAAAUUCACUUAUAAAAAGACAUUUUUAUAGUGUUAUAAGAGAAAUAAUCUCCCAGUUGAAGUAGUACUUUUAUAUCAAUAUUAAGAAAAUUAUUUACAUAAAACAACCUCCUAUAUCCUGCUGAAAAGUUACUUACAAGUUAUUUUUUUCUUAUUCCAGUUAUUUACACUAGAAACUUGACUUGGUAAAAUUUAACUGUUUUUUUUGUCAGUGCCUAUAUAAUAUUUUUGUUUUAAACUGAUUAUUAGUAUUUAUCCAGAGUAAAACAUACUGAGAAAAAAAGAUUUUGUUUUUUUGCCAAACAGUUUGGAAAAAAUGAAAAAAAAAAAAACAACAACAAACUAUUUCGUGAACAAAUGGAAAGGACACAAGUGAUUCCUUUUUGUACUUUCACUGACCUGCUUUCCUUCUCAGAGCUGAGCAGGAUUCAUUCAGACUCAGGUUACUAGAGAGAAUGCAAAUGAAAUGCAAAUAAAUACUGGGCUCGUUCAGGAGACACAAACCGGAAGUCUGCAGGAACGUUUAGCAACGAGACACGGAGCUAAAUGUGAAAACGGGGUCAAAAGUCAACAGGAAUCAAUCAGACCGAAGUAAAAACGGCUCUCCAGGGAUUUUUUAACGGCUCUGACAGAGGAGUUCAACCCAAAGCACGACUGGCUGGUUUUCAGAAUCAACUAAAGCACAAUUAAAUUUGCAGGAGUGUUAAAUGAAACUGGGAGCUCUGGUUGACCUCUGACCUCUGCCAAAGCUCUGGCAAUACAAUAGAAACCAAUCUGUACUGUGGUAGAGCUUUUCUAUAACAAACCAUCCAGAUGCUAUGUAAAUAUAAAAAUGUUACAUUGUAGGUGUAAAUAUAGUAUAAAAUAUGAAUCUUAUUGAUUCUUUAGUUAUUCUCAGCAUCUAAAGCAACAAUGAAUUUCUUUAAUCAUCCCUGCUCACUCUGACUCAGUACAUCAGCACUGUAUGUUUAUUUAUUUUUAUUUUUUAGUGGAUUUUACUAAAGAAACUUUGGUUCCUUCAGCGUUUGACUAAAAGCUGCUAAUAGUCUCAGUUUGACUGCAUGAGAAUCAAAAACACUUUGAUUGCAGAAAUACUAUGGAGAACAAAGGACCCGCUAAUAAAAUAAAAACUACAAGGAUAAAGUUAUAAAAUUAUGAGAAUGAAGUGGAAAUAAUGUGACGAUAAAGUCGCAGUAUUACCAGAACAAAGCCAUAUUAGUUCAACUUGAUUCCUGCAUUAUUAUAGUGUUUAUAUUACAUAUUUAUUUUCAUAAUUUUCACUUUAUUCUCAUGUUAUUUUGUACAACUUUAUUUUAAUAUUACAAUUUUUUUGUAAUAUUACAUUAUUUUGUAAUACUAUGAUUUUAUUCUCAUAAUAUUCAGUUUAUUGUAAUAAUUUUACACCUUUAUUCUCAUUAAUUUAACUUUA